GUGGGUUGGCCCACAUACAAGAUUGUCGCAAGAUACUGUCGAGUUGUUUGAGAACGUCGAAGUUGAGUCAAACAAAAGUAUCGUGGACGGUUUAAGUAAACUACGGAUUUCAGUUCGGUCACUGAUCGAGUCAGACAUGGCUGGCCACGUAGUUAACGUUAAGCAAGGAUGGUUACGUGGUACAACAAUGAGCAGUACCGUUGGAGGAUCCUACAUCGUAUUCAAAGGCAUUCCAUUCGCUGCUCCUCCAGUAGGGAAUUUGAGAUUUGCGGAUCCUCACCCUCCGGAACCAUGGACCGGUGUGCGAGACGCUAUUGAAGAGAGGUCAAAAUGUAUCCAAAUCGACGGAGUGACGUCGACGGUUGAUGGCGAUGAAGACUGUCUUUACCUGAACGUGACAACCACAUCGUUAAAAGGAUCGCGACCAGUGAUGGUUUGGAUACAUGGGGGAGGUUUCAUGGUCGGUGACGGAAGUCUUGACUCGUACGGUCCAGAUUACCUAAUGAAGACAGACAUUGUAUUGGUAUCCAUACAAUACAGACUUGGUGUAUUUGGGUUCCUGCAACUCGAUCACGAGGUGGUGCCUGGAAAUGCCGGUCUAAAAGAUCAAGUGGCCGCUUUGAAGUGGGUCAAGGACAACAUUGCCCAGUUUGGUGGCGACCCAAACAAUAUAACCAUCUUUGGAGAAAGUGCGGGUAGUGCAUCAGUGCAUUUUCACCUUUUGUCACCACUCUCUAAGGGUCUUUUUCACAAGGCCAUUAUGCAGAGUGGCGUGACACUGAAUCCUUGGAUAGAUUGUACUACGUCACUGGGUCCUGCUCACCUCCUUACUGCCACUCUAGGUAGAGAAACCACUGAUCCUCACGAGAUCGUUGAGCAUUUGCGUAAGGUUCCAGCUGAAAAGCUUCUCUUUGCUCAAGGAGAAGCAUGCACCCCCGAGGACAAGUUUCAUUUCUUAGUCUCAUUUCGGCCGUGUGUCGAUGACAAAAGUCAGCAACCAUUUAUGCCAAAACUCCCGCAAGAUCUUGUCGAGAACGGUGUCGACGUUCCUGUGAUCAUUGGAUACAAUACUCACGAGGGAAUUCUUUCCCUAAUGGAAACUACAGAAAAAUCUCCACUUGAAUUACUUCAGGAUGAUUUUGAGAUUGCUGUGAGUCAGGAUUUGAUCGCAAAAGAUCCGUCGAAAAUAUCUGAGGUAGCAAAGGAAAUACGAGAUUUCUACUUCAAAGAUAAAGAAAUAACCAAAGAGAUGAUCAACGAGUAUGUUCAAUAUUACGGUGACGUACACUUCGUCAACGGGAUCCUCAAAGUAGUUGAAUAUCAUCAACGGAGAAAAGGUCCAACCUACCUCUACAGGUUUUCUUACGACAGUCCUAAAUCCUUAGGAGAAAUCGAAGGAGUCGAAGGUGCAGCUCACGGCGAUGAUAUUCCGUACAUAUUUUACUCAGCACGGUUCUCCGAACGUUUAAAAUUGGAACCAAAUUCAGUCGAGCAAACCAUUUCCGACAGAAUGAUCAGAAUGUGGACAGACUUCGCAAAAACUGGAAAUCCGACACCACAAAUCGACGAUUUGAUAACUGUUAAAUGGGACCCAGUUACGCGGACAGAUAAAAAUUAUCUACAAAUUGGCGCGGAGCUUUCUGCUGGGGUAAAUCCGAAUCCAGAAGUACAGGAGCUCUUCCAACGCAUCUCCUAUAUUGUCAAUAGGCAAUAAUCAAGUCAAAACUAAGAACGACUUCGAAUCGUUCCAUCAUGGAUAGGCAUGGCAUAGAAGUCCAUCAAUGGAUUAAAUUCUACUUGGAUUAUGUUACGAUCAUUAAACGGAUUUUUAAUAUUGAAAUACUGUAUAUACUUGCGUUCAUGCAAAAUUAAUUAAAUGUAACUCGUAUUGACUAACAAUCGAAUUAAUGUUUUUUUAUCUUAUAUUGUAUGCCUGUUUUAUAAGGAGCUAAAUGUGACUAGCUAUUACUGAAGAUAAGAUAUAAAUUACAGUAUUUUCGUACCGUAGUAACUUUAAGGCCUUUCUUUUCCGUUUGGAUGUUGUACAUUCUAUAAGA